GCCAUUUUUGAUUAUGAGGCCAUCAGAGAAGAUGAACUGUCGUUCAGGAAGGGUGAUCAGAUCCAGGUCUUGUCAAGAGAUGCUCGCAUAUCAGGAGAUGAUGGCUGGUGGACUGGAGAGUUUAAUAACAAAAUUGGUAUUUUCCCAAGUGCCUAUGUUGCU